AUGAGUAUAGCAUCGAUAGCACCAUUAAAUGUUAAUGGUAAAAGAGAAAUGAAAUUUCUUCUGAUAAACAUUUUGCUUAAGCUAAAUGCAAUCCUAAAAAAGUCUGUAUUUAGCAGAAAGUUUUACCAAGAAAUCAACGAUAAAGUAUUAAGUAAGUCAUCCACAGUUGAUGCUAAUUUGUAUUUCAUUUGCUACUUCACAUUAUUGCUAUCGAGCAUUUUGAAUAACAAACCAAAGAUCAGACAGUACUUGUUGAAGCAAAAAUACAAUCUCGUAAAAGUUGUGAAUUCAUUCUGCAAUAACACGUUGGGAAAAGCACCUAAUGAUUCGUCUAAUAAGAUUAUUUCUAGAUUUUUUCAGACUCAGGAUCCAUCAACAGGUUCGCCAGUUUCCAAUGACAGCGACAGGCCGGUUUCCCAAUUAGCUGUUCAUUUGAAAACUAUUUCUUCAUACAUCGCUGACGUGAGAAUAUUUAAUAGAUUAACUGAGUCAAUCAAGUAUAUGCCGUGGAUUAUUGACGAGUUUCAUGCUUUUAUGAAUCCUGUUAGUGCUGUUUCUAAGUUCGAUAGAUUUGUAAAUUUGUUGCAAUCAUUGAAUUGCUUAUUAUUAGAACUAUUAGAACACGCUGGUUGGUUAACCGACCACAAUUGGGUUGGAACCCCAGAUAAUAAUCAUUGGUCCCUUUUGACGUAUGUCUGGUGUUCCAGAGUCUGGGGUGCGUACUUAAUUAUUGAGAUUAUUGAAUUAUUUAGAAGAGUUCCAAUGAGUAAAUGGGAUAAGAAUUGGAGACUCAGCUUGUUCAAACAAGCUGUUCAAGUUCCACUCGUGGUCCACUGGUCAUUGUACGAGGGUUGUUUGAGUCCAUUCUGGGUUGGUUUAUGUGGUAGUGGUGCAUCAUGGUGGAACUUUAGAGAUAUAUGGCUGUCUAUUGACUUAAGUUAA